AGAUGGACUUUCUUUGCCUCUGGGGACUGAACUGGAAGCUGCGUGCACUCGAUUUUGACUGCUGUACCGUUAUCGGAUCUAUCACUGCAGAUCGAAGGCAACGGAGAGUGUGUGUGCUGGUGCGUGUGUGUGUGUGUGUGUGUUUUGCGCGUUCCAAGAACAUUUUUCCCAAGAACCAGCGGCCAACCAGUGAGUACGUGAGAUGGUAAAACCUGGGACUAAAACCGCAAACGAUCAGUCGUCAUCGUUCGGUAUCCGCAAUCGCAAAGUGCGCAUAGCGUUUGUGCUGCGAGUGCUGUUUGUGCUGUGUUUAGGAUCGUUGCAUGUAGUUAACCUAGCCCUUGGUCCAGUCUUGGAUAAAGAUUUCCAUGGCUCCGUACGCCAGCCCGUGAGUCACGGCGGUGCAGCUCGCCGUUUGCUUACCAUUCCCCAGAGUGAAGUAGAGCUGUUGGAUCUGCUGAAUCAGACUGUACCGCCGGACGCACUCUACGGUACGACAGCAGUGCCCGGUGGUGGUGGUGGUGGUGGUGAUAACGUGACCGAACCGGAACCACAUGAGCGCAACUGCACACCGGCGGCCAUUUUUGAAUUUCCCUCGGAUGGAUUUACGCGCGAGGACCGGCGGCAUGGCUGGAUACUGGUGCACGUGGUGGUCGCCUGUUACUGCUUCUGGCUGCUGGCGAUCGUGUGCGAUGAUUACUUUGUGCCCGCGAUUGAGCUGAUGUGCAAAAAGCUGCAGGUUAAGGAAGAUGUUGCUGGAGCUACCUUCAUGGCAGCUGCCUCCUCCAGCCCAGAACUGUUUAUCAACUGUGUCGGGACGUUCGUCACGAAGGGUGAUCUCGGUGUAGGGGCUGUCGUUGGAUCGGCCGUGUUUAACAUUCUGGCCGUACCGGCCGUAUGUGGGUUGCUGGGUGGACAGGUUGUUCAGCUGAGAUGGUGGCCAGUUACGCGGGAUUCCAUGAUGUACGGUAUGGCGGUUAUUGGGUUGAUAGCGGUGCUAUACGACGAUCGUGUCAUGUGGUACGAGGCGACCGUUCUCGUAUCUGCCUACGUACUAUACAUUGCAGCCAUGUACUGCAACGAUCCAAUUAAUCGGUUUAUGUCGAAAACGUUCCGUCGGAAGUCUUACGUUCGUCCGUACACGGAAGUGACCGAAAUAUCGCCCUUACUGUCGAAUGGCGCGAAUGGCAAAACGGGUGAAACGAACAAGAACGGGUCCAACGCACAGCACGCCUGUGAUAGCGAUGCCAGUGAUGACAGCUUCGAGGACUACGUUCGCCUGCUGGACGCACUCUUUCCUCUGCCACCAGAGCUUGCCACCUCGCCGUGGAAUCACCGGGACGACAAUCUGAUGGCGUUCAUCUGCCGCUGGCCAAUAACGUUCAUCCUUUGGGUGACAAUCCCCGACUGUCGUCGUUAUCCACGGCUUCGGUUGGUAACGUUUUUCGCUUGCAUCUUCUGGAUCGGUAUCACAUCCUACUUCGUCGCAUUUCUUAUCACGGUCGUCGGUGACACGAUCGACAUCCCGGACUCGGUGAUGGGACUAACGUUCCUGGCGGCCGGAACCAGCGUACCGGAGGCCGUGUCGAGCAUCAUCGUCACCAAUCAGGGCCAUGGUGAGAUGGGCAUCAGCAACUCGAUCGGCUCGAACACGUUCGACAUUCUGCUCUGCCUGGGAUUACCGUGGCUAAUCAAGUCGCUCGCCUUCCCGGCCGUUCCCGGGGAACGCUGGGUAUCGCUGAACUCUUCUGGCUUGACGUACUCCGCCAUCUCGCUGCUGUCCACACUGUGCGGGUUGUAUAUGGCGUUUUGGUUCAACCGCUUCAAGCUGGACUGGAAGGUGGGCCUUACCUGCCUUUCGAUGUACAUCGGCUUCCUGACCGUCUCCAGUUUGAUCGAGCUAAAUGUAUUUUUCCCAGUGAAUGUUCCUACCUGUCCGCACUGAUAUCGCGGCUCGGGAGCAUCGAAGGAUUAGUUCCUAUGUAUAGUGUGUGUUUCCGUAAUGUAAGAAAAGCUAAGGACAGUAAAAGACUAUGACUCUCAGAUGAUCCGUCUACGAUCGCUUAAGAGAUUCAUUGAUACCACCAUCAGCCUUAUCGGAGGUCAAGGAUUAAGAUUCGUUUUAAUUGUUGAGAUUGUUUAAGACUCUAUUCGAUUGCAGCAUUAUGUAGUUAAAGCCACUCAUAUCGAGGUAUACUCUGAUUGCCGACGAAACAAUAGGCCCGGGAUUUGACUGUAAUAAAUCCAACUGAUAAUCUAACCGAUACGCUUUCGUGACACGUCAUUGAUGAAGUCCAAUGAACCAGGAUUUAGCAUGAUGCAUUGAAACAGUUCAGAUUGUGUUU